AUGAAAAAUCUCAUGCUUCUUGUCCUUCUAUCCACAUGGAUUUGUGUCUCGCAGAGUGAGCUAAUUUGCUCCAAUGGAUUCAAAUUAAUGCCAAAUGGAAAGUGCUGGGGACUUGUAGGGCAACAGAAAAACUAUGACGAUGCAAAUGAUAUGUGUCGAAAAACGGAUGGAUCGGUCAUGGUGCAAUUGAAGGAUGAAACUGAUAACGUGCAAAUGGGCAGUUUUCUAUCUCCCACUAGAUAUUGGAAUGUCUAUUUGGGAAUGAGAUGGGAACUUCAAUGGGAUGAUAUGACGCUGCUUAAAAAUUAUAGCAGAUAUACCCCUGACUGCGGUCAAAACUGUGGUAUCAUCUACAACAACAGUUGCUAUAGAGUUUUCGAUCAAAAAAAGACAUUUGACAGUGCCCAGAGCGUAUGUGAACUCUACAAGAGCAAUUUAGUAUCCAUUAAUUACUAUGACGAGUUUCGAUUGGUGGCAACGAAAUACGGAAAAGCUGGAGCGUAUUGGAUUGGAGGAAAAAUGCACAGUGACUUAACCAUUGAUUGGAAUGAUGGAUCGAAAGGCGAGUAUGAUGAGGGAAUAUCGUUCUGGGAUGGAAGGUGUCUGCUGUUUAAUGUCCUUGACAAUGGAAUCGGAUCGACGUUCCAGUCGAAUGGAUUCGAAAAUUCGGACUUCUCGAUCAACGGCCGUAAUCGGAGCUGUAUUGAAAGAGAUGAGGACCGCUUCCUGCCCCGGGAUGAACGCCACGUCAAAGCCGAUGCUCACCUUUGGGAUUGGCAAUGUGGAUAUUGUGACAUAUGCGGGAGAGCAAUGGCUACCGUAAUCAAAGGACGCUGCGCGGAUUUCAAUGGAAAUAUCUUGACACGAUUUGCGAUGGAUUUUUUCUACUGUUUUGGAGGAGAUUCAACGAUUUUGCUGAUUUUGGAAUGGAUUUUCGGGAAUUUGCUUUCCGAAGACUCAACGCAACCAAUGAACUCUGAUUCUAUCGAGAAGACUGGAACAAAAUCUGAAGAAAUAAUUGAGCCAGAAAAUAUAGGAAAAGUUGAUAAAAAGUUGCAAAAGGAACUCGAAAAGCUGGAAAAAACACAGUGUUCCUAUUUGACCAGUCCGGAUGACACUCUCAAAAACAUCUCCUCGAUUCAAUUUGAAUCUCAAAUUUCUCAAAUUCAACGGAAAAAGAAGCAACGAGAAUCAAAAGAGAGUUCAGCGGAAUCUCAGGAUGGCACACUUGUGGAACCCAAAUCCAACGAGCUCUAUAUUCAAGACAUUCCGGAAAGAGUUAUGCAAUGA